UGGGAUUUGUGGUCCCGGACGGGGGAUUGGCGGAGGAGAAAGACUGAGAGUCGUCUUUCCUUUGCCCGAUUCCGUGGACUGCUCGGACGCCCCGCGGUGGGCCAAACCCGUUUCUUAGGAAACCAGGCAUCCAGGGCAGGCAGAAUGGCUUCCUUUGGGUGGAAGAGGAAAAUUGGCGAGAAGGUCUCAAAGGUCACUUCCCAGCAGUUUGAAGCUGAAGCUGCUGAUGAGAAGGAUGUAGUCGACAACGAUGAAGGGAAUUGGCUUCAUGCCAUUAAACGUAGGAAAGAAAUUCUUGAAGGCUGCGCUGAGAAAAGUAAACAGCUGAAGGACGAAGGAGCCAGUUUGGCUGAAAAUAAAAGGACUUGGAGAAGAUAUCGAGAGGCAAUUCAGAAGUGGGAUGAAGCACUACAGUUAACUCCAAAUGAUGCUACGCUAUACGAGAUGAAAUCACAGGUGCUAAUGUCUCUUCAUGAAAUGUUCCCAGCAGUACAUGCAGCAGAAAUGGCCGUCCAGCGAAAUCCACAUUCAUGGGAGUCUUGGCAAACUUUGGGACGUGCUCAACUUGGAUUAGGAGAGAUAAUCCUGGCCAUUCGAAGUUUUCAAGUAGCCCUUCAUAUCUAUCCAAUGAACCCUGAAAUAUGGAAAGAAGACCUCUCUUGGGCAAGAACGCUCCAGGAGCAGCAGAAGGUAGCGCAGAGGAUUACAAAAAGUGAAGCACCAGCUGAAGUAACACACUUUUUACCAAAGUCAAUUCCAGACUAUGAUUUUGAAAGUGAUGAGAUUGUUGCUGUUUGUGCGGCUAUUGCUGAGAAAGAGAAGACAGUUUCAGCAAAUAAAACAAUGGUCAUUGUGUCCGCCUCUGGGGCUGUAGAGACUGUAACUGAAAAGGAAGAUGGUGCUACACCACCAGAUGGCUCUGUUUUUAUCAAAGCCCGAUGAAGCAAUAUGCAUAGAAUUAUUUGAAUCUGCCUUUUUGAUUGCCACUUGAAUUUUUGACAUAGAGACACAUACUCUGGAGAUAGAUAGCAGAACUCCUGGUUGUAAAGUAAGUUUUUCAGAUGAGGCAUAUAAAAACUAAAAAGGCAGGAUUAUUGUAUAGUGUUUGGAAUAUGCUUUAAUAAGUUAUGAUUUAUAUUUCUCAAGGUUAAAAUUCUGAGUAAAAUGUUUUUGUGAUUAAUAAACUUAGUUUAAUCUGAAUAUGUAAAUGAAUACAUUUGAAAGACAACUUGAAAAGUGUAUUCUUGAAUAGUGAAUAACUUGGCCAAUGAUACUGAAAUGCUGUCUCAACUUUUGUUUUAUGAUAAAGGAAGUUUGUGAUUUCCCUCCCUCAGAGAAAUAUACUGCUCUUA